GGAAGCCAGAUCAAACAGAUUCCCACCAAAUACAGCCAGGGCGAGUCCACCAAGUUCCUCGUCCUCACCGUGGUGUCCAUCCUGUGCAUCGUGGGCGUGCUGCUCGCCUCCACCGUGGUCUACUGCCUCCGUCACCGCUCCCACCACAAGCUGAAGGAGAAGCUCACCAACCUGGGCACGGACACCGGCAGCGAUGCUACUGCCACCUAUCAGGAACUCUGUCGGCAGAGGAUGGCGGUCAAACCUCCUCCCGAGCGUCCCGAGGCCAUCUCCUCCAGGAUCAACAGCGUCUCGUCUCAGUUCAGCGACGGCGGUCCGGCCAUCAGCCCCUCGGCCCGGAGCAGCAUCUCGUCGUGGAGUGAGGAACCUGCCCACUCAAACAUGGACAUCUCAACUGGUCACAUGAUACUGUCUUACAUGGAGGAUCACCUGAAGAACAAGGACCGUCUGGAGAAGGAGUGGGAGGCGUUGUGUGUGUACCAGGCUGAACCCAACGCCAGCACRGUCGGCCUGAAAAACGGCAACGCAAAGAAGAACCGCUCACCUGCUGUGGUGGCGUAUGAUCACUCCAGAAUCACCUUGAAGGUGGAGAACAGCCAAGGCAACUCUGAUUACAUCAACGCCAGCCCGAUUAUGGAUCGUGAUCCCAGAAACCCGGCGUAUAUCGCCACUCAAGGCCCCCUGCCCUCCACCGUGGCUGAUUUCUGGCAGAUGGUUUGGGAGAACGGCUGCGUGGUCAUCGUCAUGCUGACGCCGCUCGUGGAAAACGGAGUGAAGCAGUGCUACCAUUACUGGCCCGAUGAAGGGUCCAACCUGUACCACAUCUACGAGGUGAACCUCGUAUCUGAACACAUCUGGUGUGARGACUUCCUGGUUCGCAGCUUCUACCUGAAGAACAUGCAGACCAACGAGACCCGGACRGUCACUCAGUUCCACUUCCUGACCUGGCUCAACAAGAGCGUCCCGGAGACCAGCCGGARGCUCCUGGACUUCCGCAGGAAAGUGAACAAAUGCUACCGGGGUCGCUCGUGUCCCAUCAUUGUCCACUGCAGUGACGGUGCUGGAAGGAGUGGAACCUACAUCCUGAUCGACAUGGUCCUCAACAGGAUGGCUAAAGGUGCCAAGGAGAUUGAUAUUGCUGCUUCUCUGGAGCACCUGCGGGACCAGAGGCCAGGAAUGGUCCAGACAAAGGAUCAGUUUGAGUUUGCGUUGACGACCGUUGCUGAAGAGGUGAACGCCAUCCUGAAAACUCUUCCUCAGUAGGAGGAAGAAGCUCCUCGUCUUCAGCUGGAAGAUGGAAGCGUUUGUUUCCUCCUCCGUCCAUCCUCGGCUCCUCCUUGUUUCCUGUCUGUUUGGUUCCCGUCCCCUCGCCCCGCACACGUUCUUCCUGCUCCUCGUCCAAUCCGUCUUCAUUUGUCCUUCUCCUCCCGUGUCCUCCGGUGUUUGUAGAGAAUACGUUCACCCAUCUGUUUGCCAUUUAUCUCUCCAUUCCUGUCGUCACAUUCUCCUUUUCCCUCCUCUUAUCUUCAUCUCGUCUUCUGUCGGCUGUUUUCUCUAUUUUUAUUUUUAUCUCCAUUUGUUCAAAUCUUUGUUUUAGUGUAUUUUUAUCUCUUUCCACCUUAGCAAACAUUGCGUCAGGAAACACUUCCUGUCCAGAGCUGGACCCUCCUUCUGUUUUAACAUCUCACUUCCCUCAUCACAUUCUGAUGGGCUGAAAUAAAUCUUCUUCUUUUUAAGAGUAAAUCUAUAAUAUUUUGUCUUCUUAGAGCAGAACUGACCUCACCGGUGACGGUUCAGAGUAACAAGGUUUGGCAAAAAAAAAUCAAAUAAAUGAAUCAAAAUUUAACCAUCUGCAAAUUUUCUUCAGUUUUAGUCAAUUUAAAAUAAAUUGUGGAUAUUUAUAAAAAAAGAAAUKUAAAGUAUUUUACAACAGAAUAUUAUGUGGAUCUGUUAAACUGAACUGAUAGUUGUGAGUGAAGUUKAUCAUGAUAAACAUGUUUUCCCGCAGCACCACUCAGUGAUUCGGUGUCACUCUGUAGUUAUGUUAUUUCAUCUCRUUUUAGGGCUGUUUUUGUUUCACUGGAGUACAACCCACCGAUGCUCUUUUGCACCUAC